AAGGAGAAAUUGAUUCAAAUACAAUAAUUAGUUGGAUACUACUACUCUACCAGUGAAAUAUCGCAGUUUUUCAAAAAAAAUUUUUUUUUUGAAAAAAUGACUUUGGUAACACACAUAACUCAUGACAAUAUCAUACACAGAACAGAAGUUACAUGCUUCUUUUUUCUAUCUUUGCGUCAUUUGGUAAAAUUUGAAAUUAAUUUAUUGAAGAAAAUAGACAAAAGAAAUGCAUACGAUUUUGCCUCGGAGGUUCGUUGUCUUUGGCUGUUGUUCUUGGCAGCUAACUAAAUCUCUAAUGAUGGAGAAGAAGCCCACUUUUUCUUACACAAGCCAUAGCCACCAUAAUCAUUUCCUGAGCCAUCUCCUUCCUUCUGGCAUCGCGUCUUCUUCAUCAGAGAUUCAUGGGUUCUUUGCCAGCACGUUGAGGAGAUAUACCCAUUUGAAGCUGAAACCCGGAAGUCUCUUGGAGUCUAGAGCUGGGUUCUUCGAUCCUCAGCUUCCUCCUAAGCCUUGGGGUUUCACUGGCUUUCAAAAACGUGGAUGGAAGUCUUGGUUUAAUGCAACUAAUGGAGUUGUUCUCGGGUUAAUUUUAGCUAAUCUAUCAUCGUACACCUUUAUGUCUGGACGAAUACACACGCUGAUAACUUCGGGUUUUAGUAAUGUUGGAACCAGUCAACUCAUCGUUAACAUGAUUGCCUACUACUUUGGAACCAGCAUCGCAAGAACCUUGGGACCGGUCUACCUUUUGAAGCUGUACUUUGCUGGAUCACUUGCUGGCUCUCUUCUCUUCAUAAGUGUGCAUGGUGUUAUGGCAGUACUCAAGAGCUACGGAGUUUCAUUCAAGGAUCAAUCAAAAUUAAACCUUUUAUUUCUGGGUGCAGAGGGACCUUUAUAUGCCAUUACACUACUUGAUAUCUUCCUCUACCCUAAAGUUACUACAUACUUUGCGUUUAUAUUCCGAAUACCCAUAAUUAUGGGAAUCUUAGCCCUAGGACAAGACUUGGUAAAGGUUCUAGAGGGGAAGAAGAAGAGUCUCACCAUUGCCUCGAUUCACAUGGGAGGAGGAGCUAUGGUUGCAGCCAUUGCAUGGAGGCAGAUUAGGAAAGGUCGAUUCUACUAUUGAUUGGUUUCAUUACUGGUCCAUGAAGGAUUUGCUGUAAAUGACUCAAUUAAUAAUAUAAUAGCAGUGGUUAUGAUUAACAUUGUGAGACAAUUAUUAUUACCAUUGACAUUUUGGACAAUGACAUUAAUUUAGGCCAAUAACCCAAGUCCAAUCGAUGUCAAUCAAGAAGAUCUUAUUGAACAAACAAGUGCCAUCAUUGCAGUAAAGUUUA